AUGGACGACGACCAGCAGUUUUGUCUGCGGUGGAACAACCACCAGUCAACUCUGGUGUCCGUGUUUGACACGUUAUUGGAGAAGGGCAUACAUGUGGAUUGUACCCUAGCUGCUGAAGGACAGAUGCUCAAAGCACAUAAAGUAGUUCUGGCCGCUUGCAGUCCCUAUUUCGAGAAAGUAUUAUCACAGCAAUUUGACAAGCAUCCAAUUAUUAUUCUUAAAGAUGUCAAAUAUGCAGAGUUAAGAGCUAUGAUGGAUUACAUGUACCGAGGUGAAGUAAAUAUAUCGCAGGACCAAUUAGCGGCAUUGCUUAAAGCAGCUGAGUCUCUACAGAUCAAGGGUCUCUCAGAUAAUAAGCCCUCAAGGCCACCGUCGCGCCCAGCACAGACUGUACCCGCACACCCGCCUCGAGCACCCUCCCCUCCACCUCAGGUACGCGAUGGUAGCGUGGACAGCCGAGCGAGCUCGCUGUCGCCGAGCCGCCGUCGGAAGAAGGCGCGGCGUUCGCUCGACGGCGAGGCGGCUAGUGAGCCGCCCCCCGCGGACGAGGCGCCCGCCGCCCCCACCCCGGCGCCCGCAGCCGCGCCCGCGCCCGCUCCCGUCGCCGCCCCCGCGCUCGCCCUGGCGCACCAGCCGGCGCCCAGAGACACGGUCGAGGACCUCACGCUGGACGAGGAGCACGACGACCCGCCUGCGCACCACAACGACGUCGUGCGCAAUUUCCAAUGGCACAUGGAACGAUCUCAAGAUGAAAUUAUGAACUCAAACGAUAGCAUCAGGGAGUCGCAAGGUCGUAAGUCGACGCCGCGGCAUAGUAUAAUGACGCGUAGUAAAAAAGUGAGCGAGGAUACCGGCAACACGACUACCCUGGCGAUAUUGAAGAACGUGACGUCGCACAACACGCCGCCGGAGGAGUCGAAGGAGAAUAAGAAGCAGCCGCCUAAAGCGAAGAGCCCCGCCUCACCGACGAACGAGGGGGAGAGGGAGACGGAAGGGGGCGGAGGUGGUGGGGGCGGGGGCGGGGCUCGGGGCGAGGCGCGCUACAACAUCUUCCCGCGCAGCGGCAGCCAGCUGCCGUGCGCGCAGUACAAGACGGAGAAGGGCUACCGCUGCCCCAACUGCCAGCGCUGCUACAACGCGCGCAAGAACCUGGUGCGCCACGUGACGCUGGAGUGCGGCCGCGAGCCGCAGUACAAGUGCCCGCACUGCGCCUACAGCAAGCACCGCCGCAACGAGCUCAAGAAGCACAUCGAGAAGAAGCACCCCGCGCACCACGCCGCGCUCGCCGUCAAGUGA